CCUCGCUCUCAAAUUCAUCUAUUCUGCAACUUUUAGAUCCAAAAAUUUCCUCCCAUUCAUCACCUUCCCCUGCAACACAAAUCCAAAUCUCAAAAUUUAAAAUUUAAACUCAAACAUGGAGAAAUGUGAAGAAAUUGCAUGGGAAUUGAAAGAAUUUUUUACAUCCAAAAUUCUCCCUUAUCUAGAUUAUCUUAACACCGUUCUCAAAGAAUAUCUAGAUUAUCUUUACGACCAUGAUAAACCCACCUACGCACAAAUCAUCUUCGCAUCUUUAAUCGGUUUGAUCAUUGCUGCCGCAAUGCACAUUCGUCUCAGAAAGUUUCGGACUCAGAAGAUCAUUCCAUGGAUUCGUGUUGGUGUCUCAAAGGCCCGCCAGCCAUUGAAGCUCGAGAGAUUCCCUCAUUAUGUAGCUCGGCAGAUGGGUUUUGGUGAUGUCCAACAAUGUCCGUACCUCUGCAAAUUAGCUUCCGAUUACAUUAGGAAAGAAGAAGGAUGUGAAGAAGACAUGUAUUCGUUCUUUGUAGACGAUCCAUUUGCAGAUACAUUGUUCAUAAAACUUGUCGAGGAAUUUGAGAGAUGUAUUCUCAGUUACUUUGCGUUUCAUUGGAGCCAUGCUUCUUACAUGAUCAGUCAGGUGUUGGGACCUGAUACACACGAGCCAAAAAAGAAGCUCAAGAACAUAGUCAUGCAAGCCACAAGGGAACAAAGAUUCGAAAGGGUGACAAAGAACCUGAAAGUGGCAAGAGUGUUCACGACAUUAGUGGAGGAGAUGAAGGCAAUAGGCCUUGUUUCACCAGACGAUUCACAGUGUACUGAUGUUAUGGUUCCAAUGGCACACAAAGAUCGUAGUCCUCUUCUUCUAUUCAUGGGUGGGGGCAUGGGAGCAGGAAAGAGCACUGUUCUUAAAGAACUUCUUAAAGAACCAUUUUGGGCAGGAGCAUCAGCAAAUGCUGUUGUGAUAGAAGCAGAUGCCUUCAAAGAGUCUGACGUCAUUUACAGAGCUCUUAGCUCCAGAGGCCACCAUGAUAUGCUUCAUUCAGCUGAGCUGGUACAUCAAUCAUCUACGGAUGCAGCAUCAUCACUCCUUGUAACAGCAUUGAACGAAGGUCGAGAUGUGAUCAUGGAUGGAACCCUGUCGUGGGUCCCAUUCGUUGUGCAGACGAUAACCAUGGCAAGAAAUGUACACCGCAAACAUUACCGUAUGGGACCAGGUUACAAGGUGAAUAGAGAUGGAAGUGUUAUUGAGAACUAUUGGGAACAACUUGAUGAAGAAAAUGAGUUAAUUGAUGGUAACAAGAAAAGAAGACCAUAUAGAAUAGAACUUGUCGGUGUUGUUUGUGAUCCUUAUUUGGCUGUCAUAAGAGGCAUAAGGAGAGCCAUUAUGUGCCGAAGGGCUGUGAGGGUCCGGUCACAGUUAACAUCACACAAGCGAUUUGCUAAAGCGUUCAUGACAUACUGUCAGCUUGUAGACAAUGCACGAUUAUAUCUAACUAAUGCGUUAGAAGGACCACCCAAGUUGAUAGGAUGGAAAGAUAAAGACAAAACGUUAUUGGUCGAUCCAGACGAAAUAAAAAUCUUGAAGACAAUUGAAAGGUUGAAUGAGAAAGCAGAUUCAAUAUACGAACUUUAUAAGCAACCCAACCCAGCAUUCAAACGUGGUUCGGUUUGGAAAGACAUUGUGAUGUCACCUUCAAGGUUAAGUAUCCAGAAAGAGCUCAAGUAUUCCAUUCAGAAAGCUGAAGAUUUAAAAGAACAAUGA